GCCGUUGUAUCAAAUGCCACCAUCCACGAGAAAUCGAGACGAACGGUUUUGAUCGGACACGGUUCCAUCCUGCGGUUUACGUUUGCCAGACGACUCCUAUAUACAUAUGAUACCCGUCCGCUUAGGGCGAUUCCUCUUCGCUAUCGCUCGCCGCCGGGGCUGCUCACUUCCGCCUCUCUUGUGGCCACCGUUUCCGUAGGGUUUUCAAGGUCUCCCUACGCUUUCAGCAGGAUGGUGCUUCCGAACGACAUCGAUCUGUUGAACCCGCCGGCUGAGCUCGAGAAAAAGAGGCACAAGCUUAAGCGUCUCGUGCAGUCGCCCAAUUCCUUCUUCAUGGAUGUGAAGUGCCAAGGCUGCUUCAACAUCACUACGGUGUUCAGCCACUCGCAGACCGUGGUGGUCUGCGGAAACUGCCAGACGGUUCUCUGUCAGCCGACCGGAGGCCGUGCGAGGCUCACCGAGGGAUGCUCGUUCAGGCGCAAGGGAGAUUGAUUUGGUAUUGUGGUUCUUCAUUCACACCGCUCUUCUAUUGAUCAUCCGUAAGGGACACGAGUCUUAUGAAUUCAGAUGCUACUGCGUCUGUAUUCUAUUUAGUUUUGGGACACGAUUGAGUAUGUUGCAUUUUGUUAUUGGUGAUACUUUCAGUUAGACAUUUGCUAAUCCGCAUUUAAAUUCAAUUUCAUCUUUUGCACUUGGUUCUAA